AUGAGUUCUGCCCCGUGUGUUCUGCACGUGGCGACCCUGCUGUUCGUUGCACAAGGUGUACCUGCGACGCUCGCCUUCAUAGAAGUGCACAAAAACCCCGAUGGAGGAAAUGCCGCCAUGAGCCACGUCGUGCACGACCACAGGGCGGUGACUCUGCACAGGCGGGGCCUGCCACCGCAGAUGCAGAUCUCGACGCCGCAGCUGGGCGCCGCGUGCGUCGUGGCGGCCGCCGCCGACCCCGGUCCCAGUCCUGGAGCCGUCUCCAGCUCCUCCAGUUCCAGCGGCGCCCUCACCAGGCACUGCGCGCGUGUCAACGCAGGGAGUGGCUUGCACCACGCAUCAGCCGCCGCGGCAGCGUCGACCCCGUCCUCGACGACGGGAAGCUGCGGGGUCGGCGGCGGGGGCGGCGUGGCGUCCUCGGGGGCGGCGUCGUCGUCCUCGUCGUCGUCGCUGAGCCGCGAGGAGCGGAGGCGGCGCCGGCGGGCGACGCAGAAGUACCGCACCGCCCACGCGACGCGCGAGCGCAUCCGCGUCGAGGCGUUCAACGUGGCCUUCUGCGAGCUGCGGCGGCUGCUGCCCACGCUGCCUCCGGACAAGAAGCUCUCCAAGAUCGAGAUCCUCAAGCUGGCCAUCUGCUACAUCGCCUACCUCAACCACGUGCUCGACGUCUGA